UUGAUAUCAGUAUACUUUUUAUCAACAAUCUCUGCUGCUGCUUACUGUAUAUAAACGACAUUGUCCUUCUAUAAACAUGCCAUCACUGACUCAGAACUGUCCUGUAUAAACUUUGAGGCAGAUGGCUCCACAUCUUUGAGACUGGUUCUGUCAGAGAUUUCUUCCUGUUAAAAGGGAGCUUUUUUAUAUCUCCACUGAUGCCUAGUGUUUGCUCAUUUCGUGAAUUGUUGGGUUACAAAUCCUGUUGAUAGAUACUUUUACUAUUUAUAUAGAUACUGUUUUAAUUUUAGGCUCAUCACUAACUUUACGACUAUUAAACUACGUGUUCACAUCUGUCCCUGAUCUGCACCUAGGGGGAAAACAGUGAUAUGGCUCAUUUGAUGAUCCAAACAAAAUGUAUUGUGCAAUUUCCUGAUAAAUUGUAUCUUUCUUCCUGUAGAUUGUGAUCAUGUUGAUUCUGGCUGCUCUUACAAGAAAAAACAAAUUCUGUCAAGGAUUUACAAGAGGAUCCUCUAGCAUCUUCAGUCCAGCCAACUUCCUGGACCAGACUCAGGAUAAAGGCCUGGUAAUGGCUGUUUUUGGACUGGUUUUCAGCAAGCUGGCUAUGCUGGUGAUUGCUCCAAACCCUCUGCCUUUCUCCAAAGAUCAUCCAGCUGAAAUGAAAGAGUACAUGAAGAUCAUUGCCAUCUUCUACUAUCCACUCCUGUACUAUCCUCUGUUGGUGUGUGGCACUCUGCAGCAUAGAACAGGUUAUGUGUUUGGAGCAAUCCUUUCCUUCAGUUACUCCGGCAUCUUGGUGUGGCAGAAGUUUGACUGUCCAAAGACUCCAGAGAUCUAUAAGUACUAUGCUCUGCUUGCAAGUCUUCCUCAGCUGGCCUGCCUUGCAUAUCUCUGUGUCCAGUUUCUUCUGUUGUUUGUCAAAGGCCCAAAGACUGAUGAGGACCUGGACAGCAGCUACUAUGUCGACUAUGUGAAGUUACUUCUCAAGAAAAAGUCCUCAGCUGUCAGCUCUUCAACUACAGAAAAACCAUCAUUGGCAGAGAGAAUAUUGGAAGUACCCAAGAGUUAUAUUUAUAUACCUGAAAAAUUUUUUCGUUUUCCACUGAAGCUGGCGGUAUCAGCAUUUAUUGCUUUCCUGGCAAUAUAUCAUACAGCAUUGUUAUUGGUUGUCCUGGUUGUCCCCACCCUCCAUAUUGUUCGUGCUGGUAUUGAUGAAAACAUUGCGUUCCUGUUACUGGGGUUUGGGAUUGUUCUAUCAGAUGACAGGAUGGAGGUUGUCAAGAUUGUGACUUUCUACACUUGGUUGCUGGAAGUGUGCUACCUCUGUGCCAUGACCCUGUCUUGUUUGGUUGGUCUUACUAUGCUCAUGAGGUCCAUGGUUCUUCACAGGUCAAACCUGAAAGGACUUUACAACAUUGAUAACAGCCAGAAGACCAUCUGUCCAUCUAAACCUGCUGUUGUCUGUUGGAUGGGCUUGACAGGAUACCAGGCUGCCAUCAUCUGCCUUGGAAUGGCUGUCCAGACUGUUGUGUUUUUCAUCUGCUUCUUGUUCCUGGUGUUUUUGAUCAUCAUUCCAGUUUUUUAUGGACAUAACAUCGUCAUCUUUGAAAUUGCAGGAAAGGCAUGGCCUGCCUGGGUCACACUCUUACUGGUUACAGCACUGCAACAUGUGACUGCUAAGUUUGCUUUUAUUAAAAAGGAAGCUGGAACAAGAGACUUGAAGAAUAGAGAUAGUCUGUUCCUGUUGACAUACUUGCUCUUCCUUAUCAACAUUGGGGUGGGACUGGUUGUUGCCAUAUGGAGAAUGGUGAUAACAGCUUUGUACAACAUCCUCCAUCUUGGUCGUAUUGACAUCAGUCUGCUGCACCGCACUGCAGAGUCCUAUGACCCAGCCUACCGAUACUACACCCAGUUCUUGAGGGUUGAAGUCAGUCAGUCACACCCAGUGAUGAAGGCUUUUUGUGGGCUACUGCUGGACAUGAUGGUUGAGGGUGGCAGAGCUGGACAGAAAAUCCAAGAUGCAGAGGGAGCCUGCUCAUCCUUCAUGCCUUCAGGGAUUCAGGAGAGCAGACCAAGCAAGGCAACCAGCAGUCGGAGGAUUCGUUCUCGCUGGCAGCUGCUGUACACACUGGUUAACAACCCUUCACUGCUGGGUUCCAGGAAGCACUUCCACACACAACAGAUAUCAGAGAGUGUCCGGAAUGGCACCCCCAAACACAGCUUCAAAAAGGGCAGCAAGAAAUCAGCCGCUGAGCCUGAACCAGCCACUGAAAUCCUCACAAAUCAGGAGACAACUGAAUGAGGUUCCUCAUCUAUGAUGGAGUUGGUAGCUUAAAAAUCAAAUUUAAAAAAUCUGAAGUUUGAAAAAAAAUUGUCUACAACCUGUUACAUUUUUGCUGUACAGUUGCAGGUGAUGAAUGAGUUCAUGAGAUUAUUUUCUUUGUUAAUCCUUUUUAAAAUGUUGGCAAACCCACUUUAACAUCACAGUCACAGUCAAGCCUGGGCAGCCUCAGAUAAUCUUGCUUGUUCUUGCUUUGUGGAUGAAACUGUGUCACAAUAAUAUGAAUCAGCUCCCAGCAAAGAAAAAAUUACUUUCAGAUUCAUAUAGUACAGACUGAGUGACUGAGUGUCAAAGUGAGCAUCAGGAUUUGAGUGGAGGUCAAUACGAGGCUGUUCAUUUGUCUCUCUUUCACCCCAGGUUCUGCCUCAUGGGCAGUUAGUUGUCAGUAUACCCUCUGUUCUCCAUGAUUUCCAUGGAUGGUAACAUUUUUCAACCUAUGUUUAGAAUAAAUCUGUAACACUGGCGUAAUAAGGACUUUAUACAUACUACAGUGUAACUUUUUAUUGCUAUGCUGUCUUGUGUUAUUAUUAAUAAUAAUAUAAUUAAUCUUAAUGUUAUUGUAUGUUAUCACAUAUUAAGAGAUGUGGGUGUUUAAUUUCAAUCUGAUCUAUUUAGUAAUAUGCUUUAUGAUUGUGUAUCAAACUAACUAAAAAAGGAACACAAUAAUCACUUGUUUAGUCCAAACUUUAUUGAGACAUAAGUAUUAAAUAUCUUCAUUUAUAUUAUUUUGUAAAACUCCCUUAUUCGCUUUCAUGAAAAAACUAAAUAAAAAAACAAACAAACACUGAGCUUAAGUUAUUUAAGGCAAGGAUGUGUACACAAGACCUGUGACAGACUGAAACAGACUGUCAUAAUACGUAGUAUCUAAAUCACACUACUAAAAACCAGAAUGUAUAUGACAGGUAUAAGACAGGAACAACCACACUCACUAGUGCUUUUACCAUUGAACACUGAAAAAGACAUGGUGGAUAAUGUGGAGCUUGUCCACAUUUGAACAUUUUGACAGAGAAUUUAUUGUAGCAACAGUUAUUGUAGAUGACAACAGUUAUCUCCACUGCACGUUCACAGUAUAAAUGGACAAAAAGCUCAUAGCGUCAGCAAAUACUGGAUUGUUUUCUCUUUUAGAGCAAAUGCGAGUUAGUAUGACAUCAAGCUACUUCGUUCCUACAAUAAAAUGACUGCAGAUUUACUGUAUUUUAAGCAGAUUAUUCAUUUAUAUUAGUUACACACAGCCCAUUUACUGCUGCUUCCAACUAGUCUACAUUAUUCCUAUUAAUCUUUAGUUAUAUUUAAUAUGUGACACAAGCUUUAGCCUGUUUGUUUUAACAUAUAUUUUCGUGUCUGGCUGGACAGUAACCACUGUAACCACUUCUUGUGGACAUUUUGUCCAGGUAAAAGUGUCCAAAUGCAAUAAAAUAAUUAAAUUCCUGUCAACACA